UCGGUGAACGAGCAAUAGCAACUGUGAGAUACCAAAGUGCAGAUACAGUUCAGUGUUCGAAGGCAGUUAGCUGCAGGAGCCUUAUCAUAGCAGCCCCGAUUAGAUAAUCACAGCUGAGAGAAUCGCAGCGGGCCAGUCAGCUGCUGUCAGACUCUCGCUCUCCACCCCGCUCCCACUCGCAGCGCGCUCUCUCGCGCCGUUUUGACGUUUAUUUUGCACGUUCUCACUUUUGCUAAGACUCUCACACUGGCGGUUGCGGGCGACAAGGGCUCCUUCAGUUACUCGACCAUGCUCAAGUUUUUGUUGACAUUUGGCGCCGGGGUUUACACGGGCAUCUACGUCUCGCAGAACUAUGAGGUCCCCCGCGUAGAUGAUCCCCAAAAGUUGAUCCAGCGUCUCAACGAAAAAGUGAAGGAACUAGUGGACCAAAGCAAGAACAAGUCGCCCGGCGAGAAACUAGUGGAUGACAUCAAAAAGGAGGCCAAGAAGAUACUGGACGACUGAUGGCGCAUAAGUCCCCAUUUUGAGUUUAAACAAAUUUAUCUAUGAUCAAAUAAAGCAAUGUUACAUGUAAAACUA